UUGAAUUGGUUACACAGUUACCACCCAUACUACUACUAGUAGUAAACUACACGUGUUUAAAGACUCAUUAGACACCAUCCAUCAUUGCGAGUCGCCCACCCUCCAUCUGCCUAAUCUCCCACCUCCCAUAUUAGUGCAUGGCUGAAAUGCAAACAUGAAGCUCUUAAACUUUUUAGUUCCGUUCCUCGCUAUACUUCCUCAUGGUCUUUGUGGCAAUUCAAAUACCGACAAGUACGACAAUUACCGCUCACACUCGAGGUCUACGCCCAUCACUCUCGACGACUCUUCCUAUGCAGAUAUAACAUCCAAACCUCGGGAUUAUCAUGUCGCGGUGCUAUUGACUGCUACUGAAGCUCGCUUUGGAUGUAUCUUAUGUCGCGAAUUUCAACCUGAAUGGGAGCUCAUAGCGCGCAGCUGGAACAAAGGUUCUACGCCUGGUGAUCUUAGAAUGCUUUAUGCUACCCUUGAGUUUACCAAUGGCAAGGAAGUCUUCCAGAAACUUAUGCUCCAAACUGCGCCUGUUCUCCUGGUGUUUCCCCCCACUGUUGGCCCUCAUGCAAAGGUUGACGAUGCACCUUUGCGGUUCGACUUUAGCGGUCCCAUCUCGGCUGAUCAACUUUAUACAUGGAUCAUUCGUCAUCUCCCCGAGGGUCCAAAACCUCCCAUCAUUCGCCCGAUCAACUACAUGCGCAUAGUCUCUGGAGUAACAAUCUUUAUGGGUGUAGUAACUCUCUUCACAGUCCUGUCACCUUAUGUGUUUCCUAUUGUGCAGAAUCGAAACAUAUGGGCUGCUAUAAGCCUUAUCGCGAUCCUCCUGUUCAUUAGUGGCCACAUGUUUAACCAUAUUCGCAAAGUACCAUAUGUCGCCGGGGAUGGGAGAGGAGGGAUCAGCUACUUUGCUGGAGGGUUUUCAAACCAAUUUGGCAUGGAAACACAAAUCAUUGCUGCCAUUUAUGCCGUUCUCUCAUUCGCAACAAUUGCUCUGGCAAUGAAGGUUCCUCGCAUUGCUGAUAACAAAAGACAACAGGUAGCUGUUAUCGUUUGGGGCUCUGUUCUGCUGGGCAUGUAUAGCUUUCUUCUAAGUGUUUUCAAGGUGAAGAAUGGUGGUUAUCCAUUCUUUCUCCCGCCUUUCUAGUAUGAACAUCGCGCCUUAUGGAAUGCGAUUAUAAGGGUAAAUGUUCUAUCAGGCAGAAGAUGACAAAGGGGAUUGGGGGCUAGGAACAAGGAUUCCGCAGGGGGCUGCAUAUGAGUAUGAUGGCGGUGAUGUACCUGGUUCAGAUUCAAUAUGGCGGGCACAUAUAUUCGUGGAAGUGCAUUAGUUGUCAUGCGGGCUGUGCUACUGCAGCUGGCUUCGAAGUAAUUCACUUCAUAUGGUACUACAACAUAGCUUUCAAAAUGAAUCAAGG